AUGAGCGGUGAAGCGAAGUUGCUGAGCUACGACGCAGAUUUGCGCAGACAGCGCGUCAAUGUUUCGCGCGAAAAAAGGCUGAUGAACAUAUUCAUGAUCGUGGCCGCUGGGUUCGCUUUGAUCUCAGACGGGUACCAGAACAAUGUGAUGUCGAUGCUAAACAAAGUGUUUCCUAUAGAGUACGGCAGUAAAGUUUACAGUGGCACGAUAGCGACGCGGGUAUCGAACGCAUCGUUGGUAGGCACAAUUUUGGGCCAGGUGAUAGUAGGCGUGGCUUGCGACUACAUGGGCCGCAAAUGGUCCAUCCUUGUCGCGACCGUGAUGCUUGUGGGCGGAUCUGCACUGUGUGCAGCGUCGCAUGGAACCACCGUCCAGGGCAUGUUCUGGAUGCUUACUGUGAUGCGCGGUGUCACCGGUUUCGGUAUUGGCGCCGAGUAUCCAUGUUGCUCCGUCAGCGCCAACGAGGCUGCGAACGAACACAGCGAAAAAAGAAGAGGCGGCAUAAUGGUGCUGGUUACCAACCUUCCGCUGUCGCUGGGUGGACCGUUUGCCAACAUUAUCUUCCUGAUUGUUUACUCUAUCUGUGGUAAAAACCAUUUGGAUGCUUUGUGGAGAACCAUGUUCGCAUUGGGAUGCUUGUGGCCUCUCAGUGUGUUCUACUUCCGCUGGAAAACCAGCACUAACACUCUGUAUAAGAAGGGUCAAUUCAAAUCCAAGAUUCCAUACUGGCUUAUCGCCAAAUACAGCUGGUCGAGAUUGUUGGGCACCUGUUUCGUUUGGUUCUGUUACGAUUUCGUGGCAUUCAGUAACGGGUUGUUCAGCGCUACAAUUAUUAGUUCGGUGAUCAAGGACGGAAGCAAUAUUAAGACGAUCGCAGAAUGGAACUUAUUACUUGGGAUCAUCGCGGUUCCUGGGUGCUUCGUCGGUGCCUAUUUGUGCGAUCGUAUCGGACGUAAGUACACUUUGAUGUUCGGGUUUGGUGGGUAUCUCGUGUUUGGUUUGAUCAUCGGGUGCGCCUGGGACAAGAUUCACAAGAUUACAGGGUUGUUCAUUGUCUUUUACGGUUUAAUGAAUGCUCUCGCUAAUGCAGGGCCCGGAGACAUGUUGGGUUUGACCUCUAGUGAGAGCUUCCCAACUGCGAUUCGGGGAACUUGCUACGGACUUUCGGCUGCUAUCGGAAAAGUUGGCGCUGUGGUUGGUGUUUACUGUUUUAACCCCGUCAAAGAUCAUCUUGGAAUCCGCUGGGUGUUCAUCAUUGCCGCUAUUUGCGGUCUAGCAGGUAUCUUGGCAACUUGGCUUCUAAUCCCCCACUCAAGAGAAGACGACCUCAUGGAACAAGACAUAAAGUUCCACAACUUUCUAAUAAACCACGGCUGGACUGGCACAAUGGGCAUGGAUGUUGACGAUUCGGAUCUCGAGAGAAAAUCUACAAAGGUGAGCAUUGCGGAAUCCAUUGGAAAGGAACCCGCUUUAGAUGUUGUGACACGCGAGGUCACCGCCUAG